GUCCACCCAGUUGCUGUAUACUUAGUCUAGCUCUUUAACUGCUAACAAUCUCAGUAUCAACACGAAUAUUUUCUGCGGCAUCCAAAAUUCUAUCUACCAAUACUGUUCUCAAUACUUUCUGAAUAAACUAAAGGAAUUAAGGUCAGGCGAGCUUGCUGGCCAAGGAACUGCUGAACCUCUUCCAAUAUACCAGUUUGUAUAAUUUUACUUAAGAAUUUUUGUUACUUUUCUUCUUCUUCUAUGUUAUAGAAUACUCUCUAUUCUAUGACUUAUUCUAACGGUAUUCUAACUAAGCUACAAUCAUUCAAAAGUCCAUUUAAAAGAAACCCCUUUAUUUUUUAUUUUAUUAUUUUUUAUUUAUUUAUAUUUUAUUAAGAAUUUUUGUUACUUGUCGUCCAAAGUGAGGAGGUGCGGCAUCGUGCUGAAUCAACAUUCAAGUCUUGAAGCGUAGGCGGCGGGUUCUAAACGCAAGCUAGAGGACGAGUUAUAGCUCAUUUAAAAAGUUUUUGUAUCGCUGGAUACAUAUAACUAUAAUUAUUUGUAAUUAGAAAAAAUAUUCUCGUGGAACCGGAAAUAACUACGCAAACUUACGAUCCGCCAACAUUCGACGCGUCCACAACAAACCGAUCGUUGAACCCAAAACUUCAUCACGUUUCCCAAACAAAACCCCAUCGGUAAAAUCCACAACCUUGGUGCGCCGAAAACAUCCAAACAGAAUACUUUGCGCUAUAAAAAGCGAAAGCAUCUGAACGAUUCACUUCAUUAAUUCACUUGGUGAACCAAAACCAUGAUAGUGAAAGGAGCAGCGGUUAUUUUGGGAGCGAUCCUCCUGGCCCAGGACGUGAUAUCUCACAGCUACGUAUAUGGCGGCCCGGGUUUCUUCGGCGACGGGUAUGACCCUUGCCAUUCGAAACCUCAUCCCAAAACAUUACCUUUGGUUAUAAGGCCCAAACCAUUGCCCAAACCCGCCAAUCUGGUACCGCUUGCCCCAUCCGGUGGGCCGUGUUACAAGAAACAGGUCAUCGUCAAGCCGGCCAUAGUACCACGUCCGGUACUUCGGCAGUGCGCAGUCCAGAAGUGCUGCAACAACUACGCCGCGUCCAAAGUCGUAUCGUCUGGUUGCUGUGGAGGUUAUGCCGAUAGCGUCAUCUACCAGCCACACCACCCCAACCCGGUUCACCACCCAGGAUGCACCACCAUCCAUAACUUGGAACAUAAAGUGUACGAUGGCGACUACAAGGGAAGAGUAGAAUCGAAAAUUCCAGCUGACGCGAUAUCUGUAGCGUUGGCAUACAAGAACGCGCAUAGUUUCGACACGGUCGCCGAAGAUAGGCUCCAAUACGGAUUCAGAAAGCUGCCCAUCGAGGCUAUCAAAAGUUGCGAGAAAGCUGUCCAAGACGAAGUCCACGAGGCGAACCUCUACAGCUUGAACGGGCAAGUGGUAGAACUCAAACCGGUUAAAGCGAAGAGCGCGACGUGCAAUCUAGAGGAAGAAGCCGAAGAGGAACUUCUCAAUUUGGAAGAAGAGGAAGUUAGCGAGGUCGUCCACGGCCCCAAUAGGCCCAGCUACGUGGAGCUUGGCUACCGUCCAGCUAAAGCGGUGAAGACCGAAUUCGUGAAUGUGCCAGCAUGCCAGCAAGUAGUCGAAACUACAUCGCCAGCGAGUUGCACCACCCCUUGCGACGACGGAUUCCAACCUGGAACCGUGGUGUACAAGAAGGUGCCGAAGUUCGAUCACAUUUACAGGGAGAGGGUGUUAGACCAGACCUCUUGCGAGUCGGCGGAAGUCCCGGUUAGGUACAUCAACGUUCCUCCUCCACCACCACCACCAUGUGGAUGCGGCGUCAAGAGUUACUAUUCCUCAUCGAGCCACAGCUCAGGAUCCCAAAAGCACAGCGUGGUGCUGGAGAAGCUCUGCCCGUGAUACCUCUGUGAUAUGGUUUAGUUUCGAGCGAGCGCAUCGAAGAUAUUUUAAAAUUGUGCUCUUUAAUAACAUACCUCUUCCUCAACUCGAUUAGAGAGUAACAUUUCGAUCACUUUUCAUUGAUUUAAAUUUUGAUAUUGCGUAAAAGCGUU